AUGGCCGCCGAGAUCACGGACAUUGCGAAUCCAACCCACCUCGAGCCCUCGGAGCUGGGAACGAAGGAGUACCAUAUUGGCGGGAAGGAAGGUUGGCUUCCCUCGCCCUCGCCCUCGCCAACGACUAGUGUAAAUUCUCUCUUCUCACCAAAUGACCAUUACUCUUGCAGCUGGGACGAGCUCUACACGCGCGAGAUAUCGAACCACACCUCCAACCCCUCCGACACGGGCACCAACUGGUUCGACGACUCGGGAGCCCAGGACAAGGUCCUGCAGUUCCUAUCCGAGCACUUCUCCUCGACGGAGGAACAGGCAGACCACGGGCACGCGAGGAGCCAGACAAGCUUCCUGGACCUGGGCACGGGCAACGGGGAGCUGCUCUUCGGGCUCAGGGACGAAGGGUGGGCCGGGCGCAUGCUGGGCGUGGACUACAGCGAGAAGAGCGUGCAGUUCGCGCGGCGGAUCAACGACACGAGACAGGAGCGGUUCGGAGGAGACCAGGACGAGGACGAGGACGAGGGCGAGGACGAGCCCACGCCGUCCCGCGAGCCGGUCGAGUUCGCACAGCAUGACAUCCUGUCGGCGCGCGGCGCCUCUGCCGCCGCCAUCCUGUCCGGUGCCCAGAGUCGGGGCUGGGACGUGGUGCUGGACAAGGGCACGUUUGAUGCCAUAUCGCUGUCGUCCGCCACGGAUGGUCUGGGUCGGCGCAUCAACGAGGGAUACCGCGCCGCUGCGCUUGGCCUGGUGAGAGAGGGCGGGCUGUUUUUGAUCACGAGUUGCAACUGGACGGAAGACGAGCUGGAGAAGUGGUUUGCUGGGAAGUCCGACGAAGGGGGUGAGGUGCAUGGCCGGUUUGAGGUGGAACAUCGGAUCGAGUACAGGAGUUUCAGUUUCGGAGGAGUCAAGGGACAAACCAUCAGCAGUGUUUGCUUCCGAAAGGUUGGACGGUAA